UGGCAGAAUAUUGGGGGAAUAUUCAAAACUGUUUUUUUAUCCAAAUAAAUGAUCAAUAUCACAGAGUCUGUGUUACAUCUAGUCUAGAACAUGAUGUUAUUAAGGAUAUGAAUAUCCCGUGAUCAGCUUGGACGGGGAAAUAUGGAUUUGCUUGAGAGUCUGAGGAAAUAUAGUGAGGCAAACGCAAGUAAAAAGAAAGAUGAAGCGACGGCCAAGGAGGAAGAAAUGGCCUUGUUCACCAAGUACUACACUGAGUGGAAAGGACCAGAUAAGAAGAAGGGAGAGUCAUACAAAGCUAUACCAAAGUUCUAUUUUAAGCUUCCAUCUGAGGAAGAAACAUUAGCUCAGAAACUACGUGAAGAGUCCAGGGCAGUGUUCCUUCAGAGACGAAGUAGAGAACUGCUUGACAAUGAUGAAUUACAGGGUCUGUGGUUCCUAUUGGAUAAGCAUCACACACCUCCAUUAGUUGGAGAAGAACAGAUGAUUAAUUAUGAGGACUUCCUAAAGGUGGCGCAACAAGCUGGCAGCAAGUGCAAACCAUUCUUCACGGCAUCUGUAUUUGCCAAGCUACUCCAAACCGAUCCUUACGGCAGAAUCUCCAUUAUGCAAUUUUUUAAUUAUGUUAUGAGAAAAGUGUGGCUCCACCAGACUAGGAUUGGUCUCUCACUUUAUGACGUUGCUGGUCAAGGUUUCCUUAAAGAAUCUGACCUUGAAAACUAUAUACUAGAGUUGAUCCCGACACUCCCUCAGCUUGAUGGACUUGAGAAAUCUUUCUACUCCUUCUACGUUUGUACAGCUGUCAGGAAGUUUUUCUUCUUCCUGGACCCACUAAGGACAGGGAAGGUGAAAAUACAAGACAUUUUGGCCUGUAGCUUCUUAGAUGAUUUACUAGAGUUGCGUGAUGAAGACCUGCCUAAAGAUGUUCAGGAAAGUAACUGGUUCUCUGCACCCUCUGCUUUGAGAGUGUACGGCCAGUACCUGAAUCUCGACAAAGACCACAAUGGUAUGCUCAGCAAGGAAGAAUUAGCCAGAUAUGGUACUGGGACCCUGACUGAUGUCUUCCUUGACCGGGUCUUCCAGGAGUGUCUCACAUAUGAUGGUGAAAUGGACUACAAGACCUACCUUGACUUUGUUCUGGCUCUUGAGAACAGGAAGGAGCCUCAGUCUCUACAGUAUUUAUUCAGACUAUUGGAUGUACAGAACCGUGGAUACCUAAAUGUCUUUGCCCUUAACUUCUUCUUUAGGGCGAUACAAGAACAGAUGAAGGUACAUGGUCAGGAGCCUGUUUCAUUUGAAGAUGUGAAAGAUGAGAUAUUUGAUAUGGUAAAACCUGCUGAUCCGCUCAAGAUCACACUGCAGGACCUAAUAAUAAGUGGCCAGGGUGAUACAGUAGUCAGCAUCUUAAUAGACCUAAAUGGAUUCUGGACCUAUGAGAACAGGGAAGUUUUGGUAGCAGACACUAGUGAUGGUGAAGCUGAAGUCUAG